AUGGACAAAUGGUUUAAAGGAAAACGAAUUCUUGUUACAGGUGGAUGUCAAGGUAUCGGACAAGGUUUAGUAACAGAACUAUGGAAACAAGGGGCCAAUGUUGUUGCAAUAUCAAACCAACCAGAAAAUCUCAAGAAACUAAAGCAGCAAUAUCCAUGUAUAGACGUGGCUACUGUGGACCUCCGUAACUGGGAACAGACUAGAGAAAUAGUAGACUCCCUUGGAGCAUUCGAUGGUCUAGUAAACAACGCAGGCGUGGCUAUUAUUGAGCCUUUUCUGGAAGCCACACCCGGGAGCUUUGAUGACAGUAUCUCCAUAAACGUCAAAGCUGUUAUGAAUGUUAGUCAAAUCGUCGCAAAAAAGAUGAUUGAGAAUAAAAUAAAUGGCGCCAUUGUAAACGUGUCUUCUCAAGCUUCCAAGGCAGCACUUAAAGAUCACUUAGUUUAUUGUGCGUCUAAGGCAGCAGUAGAUUCGAUAACUCGAGUGAUGGCCUUAGAAUUGGGACCGUUCGGUAUCCGGGUCAAUACAGUAAAUCCUACAGCCAUCAUGACAGAAAUGGGCCACAAAAUCUGGGCGGAACCAUCGAAGUCAGAAACAAUGCUCUCGAAGAUACCUUUGGGAAGAUUUGGAGAAGUUCAUGAAGUUGUCAAUGUCAUUAUGUUCCUGUUGAGUAAUGGAGCUAGCAUGAUAUCUGGAGUUCAAUUGCCAGUAGAUGGAGGAUUUCUUGCCACUUAG